CACACUUCACUGCAAGCCCUGGACUACAGAAGACAACAGAAUGGAGAUGAAUGAGGAUGGAAGAGCAAAACAUGAUAUGGCAAAUGACACAUUUGAUUCGGCUACCUCUGACUACAGCUGGGAAAAUAACAAGACCACAGCCUCUUAUCAGGAACUGAGGAGCUCAGGACGUGACACUGCAGGAAACAGAUACUACAUCUGGGGAUCCUGUGUGUUCUCCUGCUGAUUGCCAUCACAGUGAUGUGUGUGAGGUUUAACCACCUGGCUACUCAGAGAGACCAGCUACAGCAGAGCUACAAUGACCUGACUGUGGAGAAAGAGGGACUACAGACCAAUAAUGAGAACGUUGCUAGAGAGAAAGACCAGUUACAGACCAGUUACACCAGCCUGACCGUAGUGAAAGAACAGUUAGAGCUCAGCUAUGGUAAUGUUACACACGAAAGGGACCAGUUAAAGAAGGAGAAAGAUGAGCUUCAGAACAAGUUGGCUGAUAUAGAAAAAGAAAAACAGCAAGAAUGGAGCCGCUUCGGUUCCAGUCUUUACUACAUCUCCAGUAGGAAGAACUGGAUUGAGAGCAGACAGGACUGCAGAGAGAGAGGAGCAGACCUGGUGAUCAUAAACAACAGAGAAGAACAGGAAUUUAUCACUAAUAAACUGGGCAGCAGUCGAGCUUGGAUUGGACUGACUGACACUGACACGGAGGGGGUCUGGAAAUGGGUGGACGGAUCAGCACUGACCACAGGGUUUUGGAAAUCUGGGGAACCCAACAGUUUGGGAAAUGAAGACUGUGCUGUAAUUGGCCAUGAGCUUGGUGCUUUAAGGACCUGGGCUGAUUUCCCCUGUCAUGAUCUCUUUGUUUGGAUCUGUGAGAGACCUUUAAAUUGAGGCUGUGCAGGAGAACAGACUACAACAAUUUUACAUGUGCAUUUAUUCAUAGUUACAGCAAGUGGGCUCUGCCAUUUUACUUUGGCUCCCACUAGCUUCAGCUCCACCUACUCAAGAUUGCACAGCCCACAGCUAGUUGUUGGGCUCAUUUACACUACUUUUACAGCAAUAUACUGCACCAUAUUAAAUAAAUAACAGUAGAAUAGCAGCUUUGUGCUCCACAGUCACCUGGAGCAGAGGAGUACUAUGAUGGAGCUGCACUGUAAACAUUUACUGAAAAAAGUUACAGUAAUAUACUGGCAGGAAAGUUAUAUGUGUAUAUUUGUGCUAAAUAUUUUAUAGUAUUUUACUAUAUCUAAUACAAUUUACAGUACUUCACCAGUAAUUCUGCUGCCAGUAAAUUGCUGUAAAUUGUGUUGUCUAGGAUUUUACUGUAAACCAGUGCACCACACUAAAUGCCCAAACUUUUACAGUACGAUCCUGUAACACUUACACAGUAAUGAGCUGCGAUUAAAAUAACGGUAAUAUUCUGUAUUUUGACAUAGUAACUGUAACUGAGUAAUUACCUAAAUAAAACUUCAUUGUACCAGACCUAUACAUAUGUGAAAAAAAGACUCAAUAAACAUAUAUAGUCACCAUGUUUUGCACGGUAUAUGCACAGAAUCUCAAAUAUGAAUUUUUGCAAAUACACAUUUUUCCGACAUUUUAAAAUACUUUGAAAUGCACAUUCUCUAUCGUGUCUUACAUUCAGUUCUCACCAAUCAGAACUGUUUUGUGCCCCUACUGCUGCAUUUUACGCUGCUUACCUGUGUCUUAUUCUUAUUCUUGUCUAUUAACUUUACACUCCUAUAAAUCCACACAACAAACUUAUGAGGAUUCUACUCUAUGUGCACACAUAAGUAUGUAAUAUCCAGGAAUGAAACUGAAUGUAUUUGGCUUUUUUAAGUGAGGUAUCAGUUUGCAUUGAUUAAAUCAGGUUUAUAACUUUAUUUCGUCCAUUUCAAAUUAUUAGGACUGAGCAUCACUGGUUUCCUUUGCAUUUCUAAGCCAUUGCUUGUUCUUGUUUUCAUCCUUCUUUCCUGUAUUUUCUGUUAUUUCGAGCUCUUCGUCUGUUUUUGUAUUUUUGAUUAUGAAUUUGCCUCGUUUGUUCCUCCCAAUCAAAUGUUAU